AUGGUUGAUCUUUCCCAAUGGAGAGCCUGUAUUGGCCUGUGGAAUAGCUGUAAGACUGCUGCUUCUAGGUCAACUCAAUUUCACCAUCCAAGUUUGUGUAAAACUGUGGCUAGAGACAAGUCCAGCAGUGUUAUAUCUUUGUAUCUGAUUGCCGCUUUGGUCUACAUUAGUUCAGCUAUUCUCGGCUUCCUGAGUAAUGUAGAUCUAGCAUUUUUACUUUUUCCAGGCAUUAUUGCUCGUUGCUCCUCAGCACACAUUUGUCUUGUCUUGGCUGGAGGAAGGGCUUCCAUUUUAGUUUGUAUUUUUCUGUAUCUGAUUGUCCGUCUACUUCUGUUCUUGUCUGGAGAUAUUGAACUCAAUCCUGGUCCUUUAACAGGUGACCCUAAGGAAACAUUAAGGAUAUGCUCUCAAAAUCUUGUUAAUGCAAUUUCUACCACACUUCUUAAAGUGACAAAUGCACUGUAUGCUAAAGAGCUAAUACCACAGGAAACUAAAGAAGAAGUUCAUUUACCAUCAUUUACACCUUAUAAUAGAGCUAGCAUACUGGUGAUUGCCAUUGAAAAACAAUUGGAGGCCUAUUCUGAUCCAAAUCGGUAUUUAACUGAUGUGUUUAAUGCAUUAAGGAACCAAGGGAAUCGGGCACUAACAGAUCUGGUCAAUUCUAUCUUAGGUCAGUCUGAUAAAAUUGAACCAUACCCUGAUUGUGUUAAAGAAUAUGCUGAUAUUUUAAAACAACGCCGCUACAAAAAACUAAGUAUUAUUGGUACAGAUUGGCCACCAAAAGUUGGAAAUGAUGAUGUUUUUGGAAGACUAGCGCUUAUACAGCAAAAAGAUAACUCAACUUUUCAUCAAGAUGAUUCUGUUCCUCAAAAAGACACAUUCACUCAGCAAAAAGAGUCAUCAGAUUUGUACUUGCUACGAGGACAAGUAGAUGAAGCAUGUCAUUUCGCUGGAAAUGAAAAAGUUGAUAUUAAGGAUAUUCUAAAACCUACAAUAAUGGAUUGUAUAACAUCUCUUAUAGUUCUAAUAGAUGGUCCUCCUGGCAUUGGAAAGACAACACUCUGUCGUAAACUUCUACAUAUGUGGUCUGAUGGAGAACUUAUUCCGCAUUAUGACUUGGUACUUUAUUGUCCUUUGAGAGAUGAAAAGAUGGCCAAAGCUAAAACAUUAGAAGACCUAUUUGUGCCUCAACGUCAUAAUGUUCCUGAGAUAGUUGAUUUGUUUAAGGGGUGUAAUGGAGAAGGGAUGUUGAUAAUUUUUGAUGGUUGGGAUGAAUUAAGUGAAAACCACAGACACUCUUCAUUAGCUGCUAGUAUUAUUCGUAGGGAACAGUUAGACCAAUGUUCAGUAAUUGUUACCUCUCGUAGCUAUGCCUCCACUUCACUUAUAAAAAUGUCUUUUUUCAAUAAACAUGUUCAUGUAAUUGGAUUUUCUAAGGAUGAAAUAGCAAAAGUAAUUAUACAAACACUUCAAAAAGAUGAAAAAUUAGCACAAGAACUCAUUGCAGAAAAUAUUGAUCAUGGUAAAUUUUUCCGAUUUGAAUAUGAAAAAUCUGUUUUUUUCAAAGUCAAAAGUACUGAUAGCAGUGAGGAGUCAAAACUAGCAGUGAAGCUAAUUAAUGAACUUAAAGUACAAAGUGAUGUCCAAUCAUUAUGCUUUAUACCGUUAAUCUGUUCAAUCGUCAUUUUAGUGUAUGAUACAGAAAGACAACUUCCAACAACACUUACUGAACUGUAUGAGAACUUUAUUUUACAAACUAUCAACAGGCAAAGAGAAAAGGAUGGUGAUGAUCCACAGGCCCUAGACAGCCUUUGUUCAUUACCAGUAGAGUUAGUUAAACCUUUUGAACAAAUUUGCUAUUUUGCUUACAGUAACCUGGCUAACACAGUAAUGACAUUUUCCUCGAUACAAAAUAUGUCAGCAGCCAAGGGCAAUAAUUAUUUUGGACUAUUAACAACUUUGAAAGAUUACAGGAAGAAAAAGUAUCAGUUUCUUCACUUAAGUAUUCAAGAGUUUUUGGCAGCAUGGUGGAUAUAUAAGCAACCGAACCCAGAACAGAUAUUUCACACACAUUUGGAAAAUGACCACUUUCGAAUGUGUCUGAGGUUUGUGGCAGGCCUAACCAAACUUAGUCCACAUGAGAAUUAUGAACAAUACUUCAAUAAAUCAAUUAACUUACAGUGCAAAGCAAGAAGUUUAUUUGGAUUUGAUGCUCGAUAUCAGUCCUACUUCCAUAUUAAUCCGAUAGUUGAUCAUAUCCAUCAUGAUAACUUCCUUACUUAUGUUGAUUGUUUUUCUAUUCUCCUCCUUCAUCUCCUUUACGAAUCACAAAAUAAAGAACUAUGCCAAACAUUAGCACUAUCCAUUAGAGAUCAAUCAAUUUGUCUUCAUGCAUUACAAUUUUCACUAUUUGAUGUAUUGUGUCUUAACUAUUUUCUUAAUGUCAGCAGUACUACCUGGGACCAUCUUCACCUCAUGCCAUUAUAUCAAGAUGAACUAUCAGUAUUGACCAGCAUAUUGAGCACAAAAAGACUAGAUGUACAUUUUUAUGGACUCACCAAAAACACAAUACAACAAUUAAGAAAUAUUCAGGAGUACUACAUUGAAAUAUCAGGUACUUCUUUAUACACAUGUGAUGUACUUGUACAAAUCCUUAGUUUUUCCGCACAAAUAAAAAUACUGCACUUGAAAAUGAAUGAAAAAAUACAAAAAUAUAAUAUGGAGCAUUGCUGUUGUUCUGAUCUUGAGAGAUGUUUAACAGAAAAAGCAACUCUACAAGAAUUCAAUGUUGAUCAUAAACAACACAAUCCAUCUCGUUAUGCUGAUAUCCAAGAAAAAAUUGAUGUUCAUGAAAGAAACAUAUUCAAUACUAUCAUUAAAGGAAUACGUAAGAAUACAAUAGAAACAGUAAACACACCAUUGGUUGCUACGAAUACAAAUCUCUUCAUUCCUGGACUGGAAUGUAGGUUACUACCAAAGCUGUAUCCAUCACAUGUUAUUAACCCUAGCCUGGUUGUAACUGGAUUGCCAUUAAAUACACCAGAAAGUGCUAUUGAGCUCUUUGAUAUUCUAAAAACUGAUAAUAAACUGAAAGCAUUGAGAUUACAUUUAACACCUGAAGCAUUUAGUUGUAUCUGGACUUUCAAAAAUAUGUGUACUAGUAUGAAAGAAAUGCUCCAACAUAAUCAAACAUUAGAAUGCCUUGAAAUAAAAACAGAUCCUCCGUUGCAGUUGUUUACCAGUACUUCUAACAUUCUGCCACAUAUAUUUCUUUCUUGUCUCAUUGCUGGUCUUGAGAAGAAUGAAACAUUACAGCAGCUAUAUCUACCUAUUCCGCUCUCUACUAGUUGUAUGUAUAAUGAAGACAAUGAUGUAAAAACUCUUUUUAGCCGUCUGUCUUGUAAGAAAAACCUUACUGAGCUUCAGUUAGAAUUUCAUGGACAUAAUCAAAAACACACCAUCAUUGAAACAGACAAUGACACCAUAUUUCAGAAUCAUGUUCUACUGAUGAUUACUGAUAUUUUACUACCAAAUAGAAGGAUUGAGGUACUAAGCUUAAACAUUCAAUUUUUUGGUUCACCAAAGCAUACAUGGGAAGAAUUUAUUGAUGCUAUCCUCAACCAUCCUUCACUUCAACAUGUUGUUUUGAAGUUGCAUUUUCAGAGUACUGAGUUGAAAGAGUUCCUCAGAGGGCUUGUAAAGGAACUUAAGGAAGGACCAGUAAUAAUUUGUGAAACUUAA